AUGGGGAGGUUCAUUACUUCCAACUAGUCCCCGUGUUCCUCGAAUGGGUCUCUUAGUUGUUGAGAGGGUUGCCCAAAGGCAGUAUGUGAGGCGUACCCAGUAAAGCUUACAAGUUUUGCCUAUAUUGCUGGGAGCGAACUCCAGACUAAUAUGAAGCGCAUGGAUACAAGUUAUGCCUUGGAAUGAAAGACAAUUCCGAAUCAGCUUUGUCUACGAACAAGGAUCAAUUGAUUUACCCCAAAAAAAAUCAAUAAGUAUCAAUAAAUAUCCAUAUAAUAGAAGUACAAUAGUAAUAUAGGUAAACUAUAUUAUAUAAUAAUGUAAAAAAUAAGAUAUUUUAAAUAAAAUCUAAUAAAAAUUAAUAAAAUAGAAUUAUUAUUAUUAUAUUACUAUACUAUAUAACAUACGUAAAUCAAUCCUUUUUGAUUUUCAAUCAUUUUCUGUAUUUUCAAUCAUAACAACAAUUGUGCUCAAUAUCAUUUGAUUGAAUCGUUGCCUCAGCUCCUUGUUUGAAGAAACCCUCCCCUUCAAUUGGGCUUUUUUCACGAAAAGUAUGACUGUAUGUGUGAUAGCAUCUACUAUACCAGGAAUAUCAAUGAACCCUAUUCUUGCAAUUGCUCAGGAUACCCUCUUUUAG